GUGGUGUGGUAUGUUUCAUUUAUCCGGAAGAGCCUGUUCAUGGACAUCGUUAAGUCUGAAGUGGCGCAGCCGUGAGAAUCUGAAGAGAAAGAGAAAAGGGGGAAAUGCAUCUUUGGCGUUGUGCGUUUGCUGUCGUUUUAGGCAUGGUUUGGUAUUUUUCCGAGUCCGGAUAUUUUUUGGUCCAGGUGGCUUGCUGUGCGCUGGGUUUCCUUACAUUCUAUCUAAAUGGAGGUAACAACAACGUUUGUGAAAGUAGCACCCAAACAGACUGUGCCGCUGAUGAAGAUACAUCUCAGCAGAAAAGUGAGAUUGGCUGUAUAGUGGGCAGAGAUUAUCCAGAUACAGCAGUCCAAACUGUACAAAAAGCAUCUCACCAGUCACAGUACCCAAAGAUCCAGAGGUCACUUCAGCAUGUGUUUAAGUGUGCCUACACACACCUGGUCCUGCCAUGGAGCACUGCUCCAGAACCUGGAGAUAGUCAGCCCCUAUAUACAGCAUUACUCACUGAAUACAACUUUGUCAUGGAUGAGAUCAUUUACAAGGCCAAGGACUUGGAUCUCUCAGUUACUGCUCUUGGCUGCAUUCAGACCAUCACCAAGCACCUUCGCAACACAAAGCAGUCAGAAGGGACCCCAGCAUUCAGUUCUAAGGCUGAAGAGAUGGAAGUUGUUAGAGGCUUCUGUAAGGCCCUCAUACACAACCUUUUACCUAAACACCUCUGGGAACCAAAUGUCUACUACUGUGCCCUACAAGAAAUUCUGGCUAUGAAAGUAGUGGAAUUUGUGACAUUGCUCUCUGACCCAGACAACUUGAACCACCUAAUCGUUUCUCAGUUGGACCAAGUGCCCUCAGGAAACCUGUUAGAGGUAGUGCAUGACCCAGAUAGAGACACUCCUUCCUCAAACUCAAGUGAGAACAAUGAUGUGCUACAAGCUGGGGCAGAGGAACAUCCAUGUGAUGAAGGCAAAGCUAAAAAGAAAGGCAAGAAUCCGAAAGAGAAGUUUUCUAAGUUUUUUGAAAAUAUUAAACGGAAGAAAACCAAAUUAAAGAGAAAGGAGAAAAAUCUAACAGGGGGAGCUGUGUCAGUCCGCAGGCCUGCAGUAGUACAGGUUGAUGAUACACAUAGCAGUGAGGGCUCCAUCUGUGACAAUGUCGAGACUGAUGUGGAAAGUCUUACAAGUUCCCUCCAGGAGGAGAUGAUGGAAUUUAAGCUCUCCUACGAGAUGUGGAGGGUUGGAGAAUGGGCAGUUACUGUCACUAAUGUCCAGAUGGAUGGAAAUGAGUUGUGUUUCACAUUUCACUUGGAGGACCGCAACAAUCCUGAAAACCUCCAUUGGGAUGUGACAAGGAAGCUGUCAGACAUAAUCCAAUUUUGCAAGGAAAUAGGACCCCCACCCUUCUUAUCGACAAUAGUGGAGAAGCCAAAAACGGAGUGGAGUAAGGAGGAAGCAAGAGAAGAUUUGGAACACUCCUUACAAGACCUGGUGACGAAUAUAGAGCUCGGCAAGUCUGAGCUUGUGUUCAAGUUCCUUGGUCCAAUUGACUGGAUACUGCAUGAAGAAGAGCAUAAUGAAUGGGUGUGGGUUCUUUUGGGGAGGAUUGCAUUCUUCCUUACUCCUGGCCAAGAUGAUCAAGAUGAUCAAGAUGAUCAAGAUAAUGAUGAGCUGAGUAACCCCAAAGGGGAUGAGGAGCAACAUGAAGUUAAUACAACAGAAUCCACACCUCAACAUGGACCGGAUGCUACCCAGCAAAUGUGUACAGACCCUUUAGAGAGACAAGACAAAGAAACUGCAAAUGAGUCGUUUGUAGCAGAUGGAGAACACUUACCCAUACCUGAGCAGACUUCCACCUGUACGAGUACAAAACAACUCACAGACCACACUGCUGAUCAGCCUGAAGUGAAUCCUGAUGGAAUUCAAAGUGAUGGUUUAAAUAUAGCACAGUUUGCAGUCAGGACAAAAUACAUUCAAUUCGAACAUGUAAAACGAAAUGCUGCAGCCUACAGAUCAUCUGAAAAUGAUGAGAAUAGUUCAAUCCAUGGCACUGAUGAGGUUUCAGUCUCCAAUUCUACUGGAAAUAUAAGCAAGGUAGAAAAUCUUCCUCACAGAAAGUCAUCAGAAACAGAUAAACCUGAAAGGAAGGAGAAAGAAUCUCAUCCUGAAAAAGAGACAUUGAUUCAGCCAUCAGGAGAGACAAAAAUGUCCAACCAUUGGGAACAACCUGAGGCCAAUAAAGUGAUAUUUGAUUUACUGAAGGAAAUUUCUGGAAAUUCAUACACCGUUAAAUUCAUGAAGGCUAUCGUAACACCAUUCACACCACUGAUAAACAAGAAAGUGAAUGGUUUUUUGAAAAACAUGAAUCCUUCAGAAGCUCAGAUUGCUACCUACAUUGAUACAUUUUGUAAGAACAUAUGGCCUGCCAGUGCUGAACCGCAGCCUCUACCUCAAAGCAGCGACAACAAGAAGGAGACCAAGCAGAAAGCAAUGCAGAUCAUGACUUCCAAGUGUACGUAUUGGCAUAUUUUAUGCUGUAUUCUAGACAUUUUCUGCUUUAAAUUUACUGCUAUGUCAUGUUUCAAUAGUUGCAGGCUUCUUAAGCAUCAACAAAACCAAUGUGGAGCGCAUUUUCAAGAUCUUUCAGAAUGGAGAAGAAAACAAGAAGCUGGUUUAUAUGUUGCUGAUAUAUCUCUUGAGAGUGUUUCUGCCUGGAGAACCUGGUUUUAAUGUGAUGUCCAAGUUAAAUGUGAAGUCUACUAUUUAAUAUUGAUGGACAGUUUUAAGUCUUGAUUAGAUACCAUGCCCUACUUUAUAUUGAUUAUUUAUUUGAGAGAUGGUUUUUAUCCAAAACCACCUCUAAGUGAAACAGAAUGUACCUCCUAUUAGGGACUUUGUCCAACGGCCAGUAGUGUCUCUCUGGCAGUUCUGGGACGUUUUGGUUACUUGUUGAAAAAAGCACUGUUUGUUUCUUAAAAUACAAUGCACAUUGUUCAUUCAUCUUCAGUAACUGCUUUUUCCUGGUCAGGGUCACAGUGGAUCCAGAGCCAAUGCCAGGAACAUAGGGUGCUAAGCAGAAAUUCACACUUGAUGGGACACCAGUCCAUUGCAGGGCACCAUGCACACACAUUUUCACAUACUCAUUAACACCUAGGUGGGAUUUAGAUUAGUCAAUCCACCUAAAUACAGAACAUGGAAGAAAUCCAUUCAGACACAGGGAGAACAUGACAGUUUGCACAGACAGUAACCUGAGCUUGGGGACCCAGUAUCUGUGAGGCAUCAAUGCUACCCACUGCAUUACCAUGCAAUCCUUAUUGCACAUUAUUCUCCACAUACAAAAAAAAAAAAACAUUAUGUUGUGUAUAUACAGUCAGACACACAAAUAUUUGGACAUUGACAAAAUAACUGUUAAUAGUAAUAAUAGUAAUUAUUUUAGUUGUCUAUCACAGGAUACAGGAGUAUAAAUAUAUAUAAGAGUUGAAAGUCUUUUAAUUUGAGGGUAUUUACAUUCCCUGGUGUGGUGCUCUGCCAGGCUUUUACUGCAGUCUUCAGUUCCUGCUUUUUCUUGGGGAGUUUUGGCUUCAGCAAGUGAGAUGCAUGGUCAAUUGGACUCGAUUGAUGACCAUUGCAGAACAUUCCACUUUGUUGCCUUAAAACGUCUUGGAGUGGCUUUCGAAGUAUGCUUCGGCUCUUUGUCCAUCUGCAUUUAAAGAACCGUCCAAUGAGUUUUGAAGCCUUUGGCUGAAUCUGAGCAGAUAAUGUAGCCCCGUACACGUCACAAUUCAUUUGACUGUUUUUGUCUGCAGUGUCACAUUAUCAAUAAAUACAAGGGAAUCAGUUCCAUUGACAGGCAUAAAUGCCCACGGCAUUAGUGUUGUUAUGCUUUGGAUCAUGAGCAGUUCCUUCCCUUCCCAUAUUCCUCUCUUCUCAUCAUUCUAGAACAAGUUAAUCUUGGUCUCGUCUGUCCUUAUCUGUUGUUCUACAGGAUUUGUGAGAUGUUUCUGGCUAACUCUAACCUGAGCUACCUGUUUUUGAGGUUUACCAUUGAUUUACGUCUUGUGAUAAACCCUCUGUAUGUACUGUACUUUGGUGAAGCCUUCUGUUGAUUGUUGACAUUAACACAAAUACUCCUAUUUCACCUGGCCAACUGUGGUGAGUGAAAAAGUUCUGUGGUGUUCUGGGACUUUUGGUGUUCCUGACCUCACUAGUGCAUUAUUUAUUAAAAAAAAGAAAAAAAAAAAAAGAGUACCAAAUAGUUAAAUUGGCCACACCUAAUGUUUUUUUUUUUUUUUUUUUUUUUUUUUUUUUCCAGUUCCUCUGACGGGUUUAUUUUGAUUUUUCAGCCUAAUGAUGGCUCACUUCACUGGCAUUGACAGCUCUUUGGACUUCAUAUUGAGAGUUAACAAUAAUUGCUUUAAUAACUAAAAAUCUACACUUAGAGCUCAUAUUCAUUAUUUAGUUACAACUACAAUUCAACUUUAUUUGUAUAGCUUUUUAACAACGGACAUUGUCUCAAAGCAGCUUUACAGAAACAUAUAAACACAGGAUUCAGAUUUUAAAUGUGCGAAUUUAUCCCAAUUGAGCAAGCCGGUGGCAAACAAAAACUCCCUAAGAUGUUAAGAGGAAGAAACCUUGAGAGGAACCAGACUCAGAAGUUCACCUUAACUCAAAUAUAUUUUGGUAGACAAUGAAUAUAAUGAUAAUUUUGUCCAAAUAUUUAUGUACCUGCCUAUAAUAUAUUUGUAUUGUACAGUGUGACUCAUACUUGUUCUACUCUUCAGUUUGACCCACUUUGAUUAUUUAUAGAAAUAAAAAGACAUUUUUAUUUUAUUUUAUAAAAUGUGUUCUACAUUUUCAUUGUUUCAGUCAUAUAUUGUAAAGUCUAAAAUCUACCUUGUCUUGUAACGAUCAGUUUAAGCAGUAUACAGGUGCAUCUCAACAAAUUAGAAUAUCGAGGAAAAGUAAUCUCUCUCUCCCCCCCCGUAAAUUAAUUCAAAAAGUGGAGCCUUCAUAUGUUCUAGAUUUUGAGAUACUGGAUUUUUGAUUUCGAUGAGCUGUAAGCUGUAGUAAUCAAGAUUAAAAUAAAAAAAAAGUUUGAAAUAUUUAAUUUUAUGUGUAAUGAAUCUAGAAUAUAUGAAAGUUCCACUUUUUGAGUUCAUUUACAGAAAAAAUAAUUUUUCCAUAAUGUUCUACUUUGUUGAGAUGCAUUUGAGAUGUAUAUGGAAAUGGAGCUCCAAAGCUAUUACUGGGGCUCCUGCUCAUGGCAUGUGUAUGUGUGUGUGCAUGUUUGGAAGGUCAUGAGUUUAAAUCCCUGGACUAACCCUCAACUGCUCUGUUGUAUAAAUGAGAUAUAUAAUCUGCCAAAUGCCAUAACAAAAUUAUUAUUGGUGUUCAUUAGAGAUGCUGAGUGUGGGCAUAUAUCAGGGAAUUUUUUUUUCUUUUUUUUUGUCGCAUUAUAUGUAUUGUCCAAUUAACAAACAAAAAAACCCUAAGGCACUUUCACCCGAACAUGAAGGUUGUGUAUGUGUGCUUGUUUUUGUUUUGAUUGUUG